AGGAUCUAAAUUAGCAAGCAACAGGCAAGUGUCUAGUGCUCUUAGCUGGCUCCGUAAGGCACCUCGCUCUGGACUGCUCUCUGCAGCUGAAUUCAGGGAAACACCACUUGGUCCCUUUGCCUGUUGCCAAUGUUCCAGCUGACAGUUACCCCGGCAAGUGCCCUGGCAGAUGAGCCUGUGCAUAUCCAAGCGACGGGCCUGCCCCCACUGCAGAUGGUGACCCUCAUGGCAACCACGAAGGAUGACAAGGGGAAUCUAUACCGGUCCCGAGCUUUCUACAGGGCUAACGAGGCUGGGGAACUGGACCUGAAGCGAGAUCCUGCCGUGGGGGGCCACUACAUGGGGGUCCAUCCAAUGGGCCUCUUCUGGUCCCUGAAGCCCGAGAGGGCUUUUGACAGGCUAAUUAAGAGGGAUGUGAUGAACACACCCACCUGGAUCACUCUGGAUCUAUAUGACUCAGUUUACAUACACAAGGUAGGCGAGGUUCAGCCCAAGGCCAGCCAGGUGCUGCAGCGCUGGUUCUCCAGCCCCGACCUGCAGCGGGUGCCCAUCCGAGAAGGUCGUGUGAGAGGAGCCCUGUUCCUGCCUCCAGGGGAAGGCCCAUUCCCAGGACUCCUUGAUUUGUUUGGGGGCAUCGGGGGUCUAGUUGAACAUCGGGCCAGUCUUUUGGCUGUCCGUGGAUUUGCAGUGCUGGCUUUAGCAUAUUUUGCCUAUGAUGACCUGCCCAAGCAGCUGGAGGAGGUGGACCUGGAAUAUUUUGAGGAAGCUGCCAACUUGCUACUAGCUCAUCCCAAGGUCCUAAAGCCGGGAAUUGGAGUGAUAUCUGUGAGCAAAGGUGCAGAGAUCGGGCUGGCCAUGGCCUGCUACCUCAAGCAGGUGGCAGCCACUGUCUGCAUCAAUGGGACCAAUGCCAUCCAUGAAUUUCCUCUCAGGUACCGGGAUCUGGUCAUAAGCCCCAUCCCCUCGUUUCCAGAGCGCAUGCAGGUCAGCGUCGCGGGUGCUGUGCGCAUCCGCCACUUCAAGGGCGACCCCCGAGAUGAACGGAAUCAACACAGUGUGCUUCCUGUUGAAAAGGCCCGGGGCCCAAUCCUCUUCAUUGUAGGGGAGGCUGACGAAUGCUUCAAUAGCAAAGAAUACGCUGAGCAGGCACUGGACCAGCUGCGGAGGCACGGCAAAAGCAAUGGAAGGUUGCUGGCCUACCCCGGGGCGGGCCACCUGCUGGAGCCGCCCUACGGGCCCCUGUGCUGUAUGUCCUGGAGCCGCGGCCUCUUCCUCCCCAUGCUCUGGGGCGGGGAGCCUGAGGGCCAAGCGGCAGCCCAGGAGCACUCCUGGCAAGAGAUCCUGAAAUUCUUCAGGCAACACCUUGUUCUGAGCCGAAGCACACUGUAAGGGGGAUGAUGGGCGCGGGCGCGGGGGGCGGAGACCAACAACAGCGGAAAAGACUCAGGCAGGGCUAUGGGUGAGGGAAGGGGCCCUCCUGAUUUCUGUAGAUUCACAGUCAUCUUGAGGCAACUGGAAGGAAAUUGGACAAAAUCAAAGAAUCAGAUGCAUCUGAAAUAUUUCCGAUAAAAUUGUACGUGCUUUGUAAAUUUUUAUAAAUUGAAUCUUAGCUGAUAUGCACCAGCGUACGUUGCUCCUUCAAAAUUUUGAUGUCCUUGAACAUUGAAUAACCUUUUGUAUCCCGGUUGGGGAGUCCUUGGAUCCGGGUUUGCCAAUCUAGAUGAAUUUCCUGGAACUCUGAAGUCCCUUGUGAAGUCAUUUUCUGUUUAAACUAUUUGGAGUUGAAUUUGACAUUUGAUUUGAAAUGUUCUGAUACCAGCAUCAGGUGUAGGCUUGCUAUGGAUUUCCAGUAGAUACCUUCACUCUUUUUUUUUUUUUUUUUGGAAUAGUGAUGUUUUUUUCUUCCUAAAAUAUAUUUUGUUAAAAAAUUUUAAACAGGAGUGGGAUUAAAUGCUCAUGUGCUUCUGGAGCAUUUAGUGACUAAAUGAGUUAUAUUUGAAGUGAUUACAGGAGUGCCUGGCACAUAGUGAUUUCAGUACCAGAGUUAGCUAUUAUCAUUUCCAUAAGGUUUUUCUCCUUCAAUCUGUCAAUGUGGUGAAUUGUAUUCAUUGAUACACUAAUUUUUCUUAUUCAUCUAAUUCUACUAGAUCAGUUUCUCAUCUUGACUAGUUUGGGUUUUAAAAUAAAAAAUUUUUUGGAGCUAACCUAGUCAUUUAUAUUUUCUAAGAAUUUCAUCUCUAUUUUCUGGAACACAUUUCUCUCUCUCUCUCUUUUUAACAUAUUAACUGUCAUUUUAUUUGCAUGCUUUCGCCUUUUACUUUGAAUCCAACUUGCUAAAUAUUUGUCUAUUUUAUUGAUCUUUUCCUGGAACAGCUUUUGGGUUACUUAUGGGUCAAAUCUAAUUUUUCCUGAUUCAUCAAUUUCUGCUUCUUUGAAAUAAGUUUAUUCUUUCUGCCAUAUUUGCUUUUCUGGCUUUUUGAUAUACAGUGUUCUCAUUUUGUUAAUGUCUAAGUAGUUUGUGAUUUACUCCUUGCCCCUCCCUUAAACCCAGGAGUGCUUUUACCAAAGUACCAAGUAUCAUCCUGUAGUUAACUUGUUCUUUAAAAGGGAAUCUCACUUUGUAUUGGAGGGGUCAGAUUGUCACCCUCUGAAUCCACUGAUCAAACUUGGUGUCUCUAAAAAUGGUCAACUUGAAAUAACAUGUUUCAUGAUGAGAUGUAAUGUGGAGUGCCCAGCACUUCUUAGACCUCUUCUAACAGCACUAGUAAGCUUGAAGUUUUAUUGUCAAGCUUUAAAUCCAGAUCAAACUUCUUACUAAGGUGGUAGCUAGUGGAAAAGAUCAAUGGUACUAUAAGGAGACAACCAUAGAUUGUCUAUCAUUCUAUGAUCUGGUCUAGUCACAAGUUAAUUACCAACUGACCUGGCCUCUUUUCAUAAAAAUUGCAUGGAAAAUUUUGGAAUUUUUCACUUUGUAGGAUUUUGUUUUUCUUUUUGCAUUGGAGUGAGCUGGGGAAUUAUCCAAAAUUAAAAGGCAUUUGAGAGGCAUAUCAACCAAAUACUGUGUGUGGGCCUGGUUUGAACAAAAUAACCGUAAAAAGAUUUUUGAGGGAUAACUAGGGAAAUAUGAAUAUGACUGGAUAGUAAACAAUACUAUGAAAUCAUUAUCUUGUUAGGUGUCCCAAUGGUGUUGGGGUUAUGUAAAAAAGUAACUUUUUAGAGAUGGAUACUGACAUAUUUAGAAGUGAAGAGUCACAAUAUCUGGGAAUCAUUUUAAAAUACUAUAGGAAUAUGAAAAAUGUGAGAAGCUAUGGUAUCUAGAUGAUGCAUAUACUGAGGUUUGCUUUCUCUACUUUUAUGUAUGCUUGCAAAUUUUUAAUAAUAAAAGUUAAAAAAUAAG